AUGCAGAUGGCCUCUGCCUCUCGUCAAAUCCUCCGGGCUGCGUCCCGCACCAGCACCCGUGCCGCCUUCGCCCCAGCUGCAUCCCGCGGCCUCGCCACCCGUGCCAUCGCCGGCCGCCGCUUCUACUCGUCAUCUUCGUCCGAGCCCGCCAAGGCCUCGUCGUCCAACCUCGGCUGGAUCGCUGGUGCCCUUGCCGCUGCCGCCGCUGGUGCCGGUUACUGGUACACUCAGAACGGUGGCGCCGCCAAGCUCACCAAGCCCGAGUUCAAGGACUACCAGGCCGUGUACAACGAAAUUGCCAACCGUCUCGAGGAGAACCCCGACUACGACGAUGGCAGCUACGGCCCCGUCCUGGUCCGCCUGGCUUGGCACGCCAGCGGCACCUACGACAAGGAGACGGGCACUGGUGGUAGCAACGGUGCCACCAUGCGCUUCUCGCCCGAGGGUAACCACGGUGCCAACGCCGGUCUGAAGGCUGCUCGUGACUUCCUGGAGCCGAUCAAGGCCAAGUACCCCUGGAUCACCUACUCGGACCUCUGGAUCCUCGGAGGCGUCUGCGCCAUCCAGGAGAUGCUGGGCCCCAAGAUCCCCUACCGCCCCGGCCGCUCCGACAAGGACGCCGCGGCCUGCACGCCCGACGGCCGCCUGCCCGACGCCGCGCAGCGCCAGGACCACGUCCGCAACAUCUUUUACCGCAUGGGCUUUAACGACCAGGAGAUCGUUGCCUUGGCCGGCGCUCACGCCCUGGGCCGCUGCCACACGGACCGCAGCGGUUUUGAGGGACCCUGGACCUUUUCGCCGACCGUGCUGACCAACGACUACUUCAAGCUGCUGCUGAACGAGAAGUGGGAGUACAAGAAGUGGGACGGUCCUAAGCAGUACGUCGACAGCAAGACCAAGACCCUCAUGAUGUUGCCGGCCGACAUGUGCCUCAUCGAGGACAAGAAGUUCAGGGAGUGGACCAAGAAGUACGCCGAGGAUAACGACCUGUUCUUCAAGGACUUUGCGGCCGCCGUGCUCAAGCUGUUUGAGCUCGGUGUGCCCUUCGCUGAGGGUACCGAGAACCAGAGGUGGAUCUUCAAGUCCACCAGCGAGUAA